AUGGCGGCGCUGGGGUCCAAGCUGGCGCAGCUGCAGGCCAAGGCCUGCGAGGCGACGCGGUUCGUGGCCAGGAACGGGUGCGCCUACCACAAGACCCUCAUGGAGAAGAACAAGCAGUUCGUCGUGCAGCCGCCCACCGUCGAGAAGUGCCAGGAGCUCUCCAAGCAGCUCUUCUACACCCGCAUCGCCAGCCUCCCCGGCCGCUAUGAGGCAUUCUGGAAGGAGGCGGACCAAGUGAAGCAGCUGUGGAAAAACAGGAAAGAUCUGAACGUGGAGCACGCGGGCAUCAUCGCUCUGUUCGGCCUUGAGCUCUACGGGUGGUUCUGCGUCGGCGAGAUUGCUGGCCGGGGUUUCACCUUAACGGGCUACAGCGUCUGA